UAGUGGGAAAAUCACCACCACAUCUGCAGUUCUCUAAAACUGCUUGACAGGAAGCACGGAGUGGAGUUAGGCUACCUGGAAAUGUUAACACGCGUAUAAGCGUAAAAGUUCCAUUGCAAAAGAAUUCGUGGAGCUUUGUACUAGCUCUGGUCGUAUACCACAUUAAAUUCGUUUUUAUUUCUGUUUUACAACGUUGCAUCAAUUCAUUUUAACCUGUGAUUGCGGUGACGAAGAAUCGAUGGAUUUUAAAAGAUAUGAACUUCAAACAGGCGCUACUUUGCAAAUCUGCAGACGAUUUCUCCUUGUGAAAGGGUGAAAUGAGUCGUGUGUACAAGCUUGAACCGCAUUUUGGUUUUAAAUGGCUGUUAGAUCAUGUGCAGGAACCUACAACAUUAUACUCUGUAUGUAUUUUUGUGUUUUGGCGUCAUCUACGUAAAACUCGGAGCCCUCUCUUCAGUGGUGGCUUUAGGAGCAAAUAUAAUCUGCAAUAAGAUCCCUGGGUUGGCUCCUCGACAACGGGCAAUCUGCCAAAGCCGCCCUGAUGCCAUAAUAGUGAUUGGAGAAGGUGCUCAGCUAGGUAUCAAUGAAUGCCAAUAUCAGUUCCGCUAUGGAAGAUGGAAUUGCUCUGCGCUAGGAGAAAAAACUGUAUUUGGACAAGAACUUCGAGUAGGUAGCAGGGAGGCUGCAUUCACAUACGCUAUUACAGCUGCUGGCGUAGCACAUGCAGUAACAGCGGCAUGUAGCCAGGGCAAUCUAAGCAACUGCGGCUGUGACCGGGAGAAGCAGGGCUACUACAAUCAAGAGGAGGGCUGGAAGUGGGGAGGCUGCUCUGCAGAUAUCAAGUAUGGCAUUGAGUUUUCAAGGAGGUUUGUGGAUGCCCGGGAGAUCAAAAAAAAUGCCAGGAGGCUGAUGAACCUUCAUAAUAAUGAAGCAGGAAGAAAGGUUCUUGAAGAGAGGAUGAAACUAGAAUGCAAAUGCCAUGGUGUGUCGGGUUCUUGUACAACUAAAACUUGUUGGACAACUCUACCAAAGUUCAGGGAAAUUGGAUAUAUCUUAAAAGAAAAGUACAACGAUGCCGUACAUGUGGAGGUAGUGAGGGCGAGUCGCCUUCGGCAGCCAACGUUUCUCAAAGUUAAGAAGACACGCAGUUACCUCAAACCAAUGGAGACCGAUCUUGUGUACAUUGAAAGGUCCCCAAAUUACUGUGAGGAGGAUGCUACAACAGGAAGUGUGGGCACCCAAGGAAGACUUUGCAACCGCACCUCGCCACACACAGAUGGAUGUGACUUGAUGUGCUGUGGUCGGGGCUACAACACUCACCAAUACACCAAAGUAUGGCAGUGCAACUGUAAAUUUCAGUGGUGCUGUUUUGUUAAAUGCAACACCUGCAGUGAACGGACAGAAGUAUUCACCUGCAAAUGAGGUGCAAGAAAGAAGGUUGACGGGAGCUGGUUUGGAAAGCGAGAUGGCAUUAUUUCAGAAACACAGAAUAAACAAAUAAACAAUAAGUGGAACACAGCUCGCCAUGGCAUCAUUUUGCACAUUAUUUUUAUUUUCUUCUCUUUGCAGAAUGCAUCAAAGCAAAUUUUUUAUAUGAUUAAAAGAUAGACAAGCAAGGUCAAGGCAAUGAUGCCCAAGAGAUAACAUGUUUAUCAUGCACUGCUAUGUAUGCACUGAUGAAGAUGCAAAGCUGGGAUAUUAAUGGCUGCCCUCGCAUCUUUUUUUCCUCUUUAGAGGCAUGGGAAGUUGGGAAGACUGUGGUUUAUUGCCUACAAUAGAAUUCCCAGAUUUCUUAACAAACAAUAAACUUCUUAUUCUCUGGAAGGUAACACGCUGUAUUGAAAAACAACUCUGUUAACUAUAAUGGUUCAUUAAUAGUCUAAUGACUUUGGAAAAAUCUAACAAAAUUUCAGAAUUAAGUCCAAAAUGUAAUGGAUAAACUGGGAAAAUAUUGAGCUUUGCUGAAAUGAAGAAAGCUAUAUUAGCUUAGUGCUUUUAAAUACAUUGAGGCAAAUGUUCACUCCAGUAGAAACGAGCCUUAAAACAUUGCCUACCUAUCCAAGGAAGAAAAGACAUUGUUAAUUGUCCAGGCACACUGGAACUGUUUGUUUGAACACUGAAAAUAAAUUGUCUAUUUAUGUUAUAGUUUCUUAAAACAAAGCACUAACGGGUAGAGAUGUCUUAUUUGUAUUACGUGUUCUAGAAACUCUUAACUUAUAGGUCCAAUCUUGGGGAAGUUACCCACUUAUUCUGUUGCUACUGAUUUCUUUACAUUAAAAAAGACACAAACAAAAUAAAAGCAGAUACAUAUGCAAGCAAGAAAUGUACUGAACGGAAAUCAAUGAAGUUGCUUUCUGCUAUUCAGUGAAGAACAGUACUUCAAGUGCAACAAAAAAGGGCGAGAUUCAUGUGGUUGGGAAAAAAAAAAAACACAAAGUAGAAUCUCAACUUUCCACUACAGAGGGGUGUCUAGGAUAGAAAGCAAAAAGUUCAGCAGGGUUUUAGUUUUGUUAACCUUGCCAAGUAAUGUUGAAUACUGAGAGGCCCAAAAAGCAUGCAAAUGAAAUGGCUGUCCAAACAGCACACAUUUUCAUGACAUAAAAAAUGAGCGUAUUUCCCAAAACUGUAUCCAAAGCAGUCUGCAUAUGCCAUCACGAAAUAAUUGUAUCUGCAAAAAUGUUUUUUAUUUACAAAACACUGUAUUCUCCAAAGUUGUUAACUCCUACAACUGACAGCUUUUCAGUUUGCACUGGUCACUUCAGGUGAAGUUUGAAACUGGUUUUAUUUUCUUAGGUAAUGUUUCUAUAUCUAUACCGUAUGUAAGUAUAUAGCAUUAAAUGGAAGCUUCUUAAACAUAUUUAUAUUGCAUUGAGAUUACUUAUAUCAGCUCUUUGCAAAAAAGGUACUCUUUGUCUUCUUAAAUAGGUUAUAUUAUAUGAUUGUGUGCCUGAUUACUGCCAACAAUUGUAAAGAAUAAUCUCAAAGUGGU